UCCCCGUCACCCGUAACAACCACUCGAGCCCUCACCGCGCCCCUUGGCGCUCCUGCCCCGGCCCCCGUCCCCGGAACCGGCGGUCUAGCGGCGGUAGCCGAGCCUGUGGCACGGCUCUCUCCCCGCGGAGCCGCCGGCAUGAACGCAUCCCGCCUCCCCGCGUCCCCGACCCGGCCCUUUUGACAAGAGGAGUAAGAAGAUUGCUAUUGAAUUACAACCAUGGUGCAGAAAUACCAGUCCCCAGUGAGGGUGUAUAAGCACCCCUUUGAGUUAAUUAUGGCUGCCUAUGAGAGGAGGUUCCCUACAUGUCCUUUGAUUCCAAUGUUCGUGGACAGUGACACCGUGAGCGAAUUCAAGAGUGAAGAUGGGGCUAUUCAUGUCAUCGAGAGGCGCUGCAAGCUGGAUAUCGAUGCUCCCAGGCUGUUGAAGAAGAUUGCAGGAGUCGAUUAUGUUUAUUUUGUCCAGAAAAACUCCCUGAAUUCUCGAGAGCGCACUUUGCACAUCGAGGCGCACAACGAGACGUUUUCUAACCGGGUCAUCAUCCAUGAGCACUGCUGCUACACGGUUCACCCUGAGAAUGAAGACUGGACCUGCUUCGAACAGUCUGCAAGUUUAGAUAUCAAAUCCUUCUUUGGUUUUGAAAGUACAGUGGAAAAAAUUGCCAUGAAACAAUAUACCAGCAACAUUAAAAAAGGAAAAGAAAUCAUCGAAUACUACCUGCGGCAGCUGGAGGAGGAGGGCAUCACCUUUGUGCCCCGGUGGACCCCACCCUCUCUGCGGCCCUCAUCAGAAACAUUGUCAUCAAGCAAGAGUCAAGCCACAUCUGCAGCUGUCCUUGUCCCAGAUGCUGCUGCCAUCAAGGAGGGGCUGAGUGGGGAAGCCAUCAACAGCCCAGGCACAGCAUCUGAGCCUGUGGUAGGAACCCCUGACGACAAGCUAGAUGCCGACUACAUCAAGAGAUAUUUGGGUGACCUGACCCCGCUCCAGGAGAGCUGCCUCAUCAGACUGCGCCAGUGGCUCCAGGAGACACACAAGGGCAAAAUCCCGAAGGAUGAGCAUAUUCUCCGGUUUCUGCGUGCCCGGGAUUUUAAUAUUGACAAAGCCAGAGAGAUCAUGUGCCAGUCUCUAACUUGGCGGAAGCAGCACCAGGUGGAUUACAUCCUGGACACCUGGACUCCGCCCCAGGUCCUUCAGGAUUACUACGCUGGAGGCUGGCAUCACCAUGACAAAGACGGGCGACCGCUGUAUGUGCUCAGACUAGGGCAGAUGGACACCAAGGGCUUGGUGCGAGCCCUCGGAGAGGAAGCCCUGCUGCGAUACGUUCUUUCCAUAAAUGAAGAAGGCCUAAGACGAUGUGAAGAAAAUACCAAAGUCUUCGGCCGGCCCAUCAGUUCGUGGACCUGCCUGGUAGACCUUGAAGGACUGAACAUGCGCCAUCUGUGGAGACCUGGAGUCAAAGCCUUGCUGCGCAUCAUCGAGGUGGUGGAGGCCAACUACCCGGAGACGCUGGGCCGCCUCCUCAUCCUCCGAGCCCCCAGGGUCUUCCCUGUCCUCUGGACACUGGUUAGUCCAUUUAUUGACGACAACACCAGAAGGAAAUUCCUCAUUUAUGCAGGAAAUGACUACCAGGGCCCUGGAGGCCUGCUGGAUUACAUCGAUAAAGAGAUAAUUCCAGAUUUCCUGAGCGGGGAGUGCAUGUGCGAUGUACCAGAGGGUGGACUGGUCCCCAAAUCUUUGUACAGGACUGCAGAGGAGCUGGAAAAUGAGGACCUGAAGCUCUGGACAGAGACCAUCUACCAGUCUGCCAGCGUGUUCAAAGGAGCCCCGCAUGAGAUUCUCAUUCAGAUUGUGGACGCCGCCUCAGUGAUCACCUGGGAUUUUGACGUGUGCAAAGGGGACAUCGUCUUUAAUAUUUAUCACUCGAAGAGGUCUCCCCAGCCACCCAAAAAGGACGCGCUGGGGGCCCACAGCAUCACCUCUCCGGGUGGGAACAACGUGCAGCUCAUAGACAAAGUGUGGCAGCUGGGCCGGGACUACAGCACAGUGGAGUCACCGCUGAUCUGCAAAGAAGGAGAGAGUGUGCAGGGCUCCCAUGUGACCAGGUGGCCAGGCUUCUACAUCCUGCAGUGGAAGUUCCACAGCAUGCCAGCGUGUUCUGCCACCAACCUCCCCCGAGUGGACGAUGUGCUGGCCUCCCUGCAGGUCUCCUCCCACAAGUGCAAAGUGAUGUACUACACAGAAGUGAUCGGGUCCGAGGAUUUCAGAGGCUCCAUGACCAGCCUGGAGUCCAGCCACAGUGGAUUCUCACAGCUGAGUGCUGCCACCACCUCCUCCAGCCAAUCACACUCCAGCUCCAUGAUUUCCAGGUAGUGCUGCGAAGCCAGUGCCUAGUGCGGAGGGACAGAGGACGCCUCGGCCUCCUCGGCUGCUGUGCUCCACCCACCCCAGGAUGCGCAGACUCCUCACCCUCUAGAUAGCAGCUAGCUCUCCAGAUGGUAUCCUAGCACUUGGUCCCAGACUGUCGUGGCAGGUAGCUUUAACUCCACCCUAACUUUAACUCAGUAGCCAUAGAUUUUGUAUGCAAUGUGCACAAAAUCAAACCAGAGCACAAGGGCUCUCGAGAGAAAAGUAGUUUAUCUACAGUAAGAGACUGACUGGUCUCACAUGUCGAUACAAAACGUUUUUCCAACAAACUCCACCUUGUCCACUAGCGAAUGACUUGUAUGACAUCCUGCAGAGACGAGCCGCCUCCUCCACGGAACUGAAGCUGCAGCAGGCAGCCCUUACGCUCGUGGCUCCCUGUUAGUGGAGGUGGCCUGUGGAUUCAGGACAGCCCUUGAGGUCCCUUUCCUCCGAGGACUCAGCAGCCUACAGGAGCACCCGGUCCUGGGGCGGAGCCAGCCCACUCCUAAGCAGACACGCUGCUCAGGAGGGGCUCUCAGGCUCCCCACGACUCCCGACAACGCCGCCAUCAUUAAACAUUGCUUUCUCUUUCCUCCUCUUCAAAUCUUUUGAUAUUUUUCAGAGCAAAAUUUUUCUGUCCAUGUACUUGGGGAAGGGGAGGGUUCUAUUCUCUGCUGAAUGCUGUUUUUCCUCCUGCAGGUGGGCAGCUCUGUGCCCACCAGCACCUAGGGUCUUCAGCCCUCAGCACCCAGGGUCCCCAGCCCUUAGCACCUAGGGUCUUCAGCCCUCAGCACCCAGGGUCCUCAGCCCUCAGCACUCAGGGCCUUCAGCCCUCAGCACUCAGGGCCUUCAGCCCUCGGCACCCAGGGUCCUCAGCCCUCGGCACCCAGGGUCCUCAGCCCUCGGCACCCAGGGUCCUCAGCCCUCAGCACCCAGGGUCCCCACCCCUAUAGCUCCCAGGAUCUUCAGCUCUCAGCAGGUGUUGGAAGUAGUGGAUGACACUUCCUUUUGGAAGUGUGGCAAAAGAGACUUCAAGAAUGCUCUCCAGGGUGGCGCAUGGCUUGUAGUGGCCUUGGGCGUGUGAUGGAUGUUGGGGUGUGUGCAGGUACCGUUUGUGUGCAUGAGGGGUGGGGUGGGGGAGCAUGGUGGGACUUAAUUUGUUUUAUCAGCAUUUUAUAGAAGCAGACCAGAGGCUUGGCUGGCUUUGUCAUUUUCUUUCUGAUCCCCACUUCCCAAAGCCUGCUGUCUGAGCAGGCCCUGACUUCACAGCUUUUAUGGGAAAGCUUAUUGCUUACAGAGCUGUCUGGAAGUUGCAGGUGGCUGAUCUCCAUGAGAAGGGCCUGGGAACCGUGUGUGUGUGUGUGUGUGUGUGUGUGUGUGUGUGUGUUAAACGUGUCUAAAGAUGGGUGCCAAACCCACACCGCCGUGAAUGUGUGACAGGUGUGGAAUCGUGUUGAUGCCGCUCAGAGGCAUAGAUGGGUGUCUGAGCUUUGUAGAGGCUGUGGCAUGUCAGCAAGCAUGAGGAGAGUCUCCACAGCAGCCUGGCUUGGCCAGUGAGCCUGCUGGCUCCCGGCACUCAGCAAAUGCUCAGGCCUCACGUUGCUGGCCUCUGCGGCCCUUCGCCAUGCAUUCCCUGUGCAUGGGGCAGCCAUUUCUAGACAGCACAGUAGGGCUAUAGUUUCUGCGUCCACGCUGCUUCCGGUUAGGACUUCCCAGCUCCAAGUUAAAGGACCUGAAGAUGGCCCUGCUCUCUCUUUCUCUCCUGUCUCCCUCUCCCUUUCCCUCUCUAUGUGUCUCAGAUGGCGAUUUUGCUGACAGCCUCCAAGAAAACACUUCACGCGACAGUCCACAUGUGCCCAGAGAUGCUUGUGGGACUGUUUGAGUCGCAGCCAUGUCUCAGGCUGAAGAUCUGUCCCCUUAGUCCAUUCAGAAGUUGCCCUGCUCAGCGCCUCAGAACUGAGCUGAGCGCAUGACUGCACACUCACAGGCCUCCAGCCGCCCCAGGCCACAGGGCACUGGCUGCCUUGGGAGGGUGACUGGGUGUGGUGUGAGUGUGUGCCUUGCAGAGCCUCUUCUCACAGUGCCCAGCACGUGUCCUAAAAUGCUGCUGUCUCGCCCUCCCACCCAGUCCCAGCUCUCUGGGUUCUCCCUCUGUUACUAGUGUCUUAAUUCACUCUCCUUCCUGAACCCAUUAUUUGCAUAUCAGAUUCUGUAAAUGUUUUAUAAACAUAUUACCUCACUCUUGGUAAUACAAUAUUGAUAGUCUUUAAAAGAUUUUUUAUUGUUACAAUAAUAAAUGUGAACUGUUUAA